GAGGAUUCUCCUGUGCAGUGAUGUAUGAAGAGCUUCUGUACUUGAGCACAGUGUGACAUGGACAGGACACUAAUGCACUAAAACUCCAUAUGGAUCAGGCCUUACUAUGGACACCUUCACUGUAAGUACUGGAAACACAAGCCUUCCAGACAGUGAAGUCAGUUGAAAUCAGAGCAUUUGAAGUGUGAAGAAGGCCCACGUUUGGAAAGUGGGUGAGGAAGGAAUGGCAGAGUUUUGGCUGAUUUCAGUUCCACUGGACAAAGUCAGUUCACAGUCUUUGGAAAAGCUUAAAAGGGCCACAGUCAAAGCCAGCCUGGGAAGCUACUUCAGAUUUCACAUCCCAGAGCUGAAGGUAGGCACACUGGAUGUGUUGCUCAGCGUGUCCGACGAUCUCUCCAGACUUGACUCCUACACAGAAGAUGUAAUGCGAAAAACAUCGCAGUGUAUGGCUGAGCACAUGGAGCACUGCGGUGACAAGUUCAUGGAGAACGUUCUGUCUAAUGGAGUGGAUCUGACCUCAUAUAUGACAAAGUUUCAGUGGGACAGAGCCAAGUAUCCCACUGCCCUGGCGCUUAAACCUCUCACUGAUCUUAUCUUCAAGCAAGUGGCCCAGGUCGAGACGGAGAUGAAGUCUCGUAAUGCUGCAUACAGUGAUGUAAAACUCAGUCUGCGAUCGCUUCAGGAUAAAAACGAGGGAAGUCUGCACACCAGAUCUUUGACUGGCAUUGUGAAAAAGGAGGAUUUGGUUCUGAACUCUGAGUAUCUCACCACUUUACUAGUUGUGGUUCCCAGGUUAGUGUGUUAGCAGUGGGAAAACACUUAUGAAUCCAUGUCAGAGUUUGUGGUUCCUCGCUCCAGCAGGAAAUUGCUAGAGGAAGAUGAUGCUGGGAUUUUCACUGUGACGCUAUUUAAGAAUGUCGUCAGCGAAUUCAAAGCCAAUGCCAAAAAGCAUAAAUUUGCAGUGCGGGACUUCAGCUUAGAAGAUGUAGAGAGGCAACAACAGGAGAUGAGCCGCCUCAGCAGUGAUAAGAAAGAACAGUAUGGAAUAUUUGUGCGCUGGCUGAAAGUGAAUUUUAAGGAAGUAUUUGUGGCCUGGAUCCACAUUAAGGCCCUUAGAGUGUUUGUUGAGUCAGUCCUCAGGUAUGGCCUGCCAGUCAGUUUCCAGACUCUCCUGCUCCAGCCACAGAAGAAGCAGGUAAAACGGCUACGAGAGGAGCUCAACUCUGUAUUCACACAUCUGGACCCCAUGACUGUGACUGGAAAACAGGAAGUGGGACUUGACAUUGCAGAGGUUAACAUAGGACAGCAGGAAUACUACUCCUACAUCUAUUACCCAAUCAGCAUUAACUUAGUGGACUCCAGCUAGCAGACACAGAAUAAACAAAAAAACAGACUCAUACAUGAUGCCCAUGUGACUCAGACAAGGCUCUCAAAAUGGCAAAAGGGAUUUACAAAGACGAUUGUAAUGAAAAAAUGUGAACAUCAACGUAAC